UUUCGGGUCUACCUGCGGUAUUGGUGCCUGGCGUUGGCGCCGAGUGGUCCCCGCGAGCGGGCCAGGACAGGGAGGGGGGCGCGGCCGGGGUCAAGGUCGCUGACUCGGGGCGGGACCGCGCCUCGCCCCCGCGGCGGGCGGCGCGGUCCCGGUGACGCUCAGAAGCCGCCCGCUGUAGAGCCGCUUCUUUGUCCCGUUCCUCUGACCAGCCGUGCGUGGCACGGAGCCGGGCACCUGCGGGUACAGCGAUGAACAGGGCAGACGUGGCCAGGUGUCACUCCCAGCACUCCUUUUCCCAACCCUGAGAAACAGCUUCUGAGACCUGAACUACAGACUGUCAUUUUAAGCAGACCAACUACAGCUGGAACAAGCUUCUCACUGGGAUCACAAUGACCACUGAAGGCAGGGGAUCAACUGUAGGCCUCAUCCCCAGGAGUGCUGUUUUCCAGAAGCAGGAGGGGCGCUUGACUGUGAAGCAGGAGCCAGAGAGCCAGACCUGGGGGCAGGGCUGCAGUCUCCAAAAGAACCACCCUCCUGUCUGUGAAAUCUUUCGGCUGCACUUUAGGCAGUUAUGUUACCACGAGAUGUCUGGGCCACAGGAAGCUCUGAGCCGGCUCCGGGAGCUCUGCCGCUGGUGGCUGAUGCCAGAGGUACACACCAAGGAGCAGAUCCUGGAGCUGCUGGUGCUGGAGCAGUUCCUGAGCAUCCUGCCUGGGGAACUCCGGACCUGGGUGCAGCUCCAUCAUCCUGAGAGUGGCGAGGAGGCUGUGGCUGUGGUGGAGGAUUUCCAAAGACACCUUAAUGGAUCAGGAGAGGUUUCAACCCUGGCACAGGAACAGGAAAUGCAUUUGGAGGAGACGACAGCUCUGGGUACAACAAAGGAAUCUCCUCCUACCUCACCCCUCAGUGGGGGCUCAGUCCCUGGAGCCUACUUGGAGCCUCCUCAUGACCCAGGAGCACACCACCUGUCCAGUGGGCACUUUGCUCAACUUGCUUCCCCAUUUCCUGCCCUUCCCCAAGCGGGGAACUCAGGAGGACAAGCAGAGGCAACUGUGCUUCGGAUGGUCAGGCCCCAGGACACUGCAGUGUAUGAGGACCUGUCUGUGGACUAUACUGAGAAGAAGUGGAAAGGUCUGGCCCUUUACCGGAACAUGAUGUUGGAAAAUAACCGCAGCACGGCCUCAUUGGGUGAGAACAGGAUGGAGAGUUCAGAGUUGACUUUGAAACAGGAAAUUUCUAAAGGAUCAGAGUCAUCUGAUAGGACACCAGGGGGACUCUUUCCUGGGGGACCAGAGGCUGAAGAUGUCUCUGAAGAUACUUUCAAGAAGCUAGAAGGGCAACCCUCAGAUGAAGAAGGGAGCAAACUAGAAAGUGAUUUUUUUGAAGUAACAGAUGAGGAUAAGAAAAAAUCCACAAAAGACAGGUGUGAGGACUAUAAGGAACUCGAAGAACAACCAAAUCUGUCCUUCAGUCCUACGGAACAUGAAGGAACCCUAAAGGGACAGAAAUCCUAUCAAUGUGAUGAAUGCGGGAAAGCCUUCAAUCGGAGUUCACACCUUAUUGGCCAUCAGAGAAUCCACACUGGAGAGAAACCCUAUGUGUGUAAUGAAUGUGGUAAGACCUUCAGGCAAACCUCUCAGCUCAUUGUUCAUCUCAGAACACACACGGGGGAAAAACCCUAUGAAUGCAGCGAGUGUGGAAAGACCUAUCGUCAUAGCUCCCAUCUCAUUCAACACCAAAGACUCCAUAAUGGGGAGAAACCUUAUAAAUGUAAUGAAUGUGCGAAAGCCUUCACUCAGAGUUCCCGACUCAUUGACCACCAGAGAACUCAUACUGGGGAGAAACCUUAUGAAUGUAAUGAGUGUGGAGAGGCAUUCAUUCGGAGUAAAAGUCUUGUGCGACAUCAGGUCCUUCACAGUGGUAAGAAACCUUACAGGUGUAAUGAGUGUGGGAGAGCUUUCUGUUCUAAUAGAAAUCUCAUAGACCAUCAGAGAAUCCACACUGGGGAGAAGCCUUAUGAGUGUAAUGCAUGUGGCAAGGCCUUCAGUCGGAGCAAAUGUCUUACUCGACAUCAGAGCCUCCAUACUGGGGAAAAGCCAUACAAAUGUAGCGAAUGUGGGAAAGCCUUCAAUCAGAAUUCUCAACUUGUUGAUCAUGAACGAAUUCAUACUGGAGAAAAACCUUUUGAAUGUAGUGAGUGUGGUAAGGCAUUCAGUCUGAGUAAAUGUCUUAUUCGGCACCAGAGACUUCACACAGGUGAAAAGCCCUAUAAGUGCAACGAGUGUGGAAAGUCCUUUAAUCAAAAUUCGCACCUUAUUAUACACCAGAGAAUUCACACUGGUGAGAAACCCUAUGAAUGUAAUGAGUGUGGAAAGGUCUUCAGUUAUAGUUCCAGCCUUAUGGUACAUCAGAGAACACAUACUGGGGAAAAACCCUAUAAAUGCAACGAUUGUGGGAAAGCCUUUAGUGACAGCUCACAGCUUAUUGUGCACCAGAGAGUUCACACUGGAGAGAAACCUUAUGAAUGUAGUGAGUGUGGGAAAGCCUUUAGUCAGCGCUCCACUUUUAAUCACCACCAGCGAACUCACACUGGAGAGAAGCCCUCAGGUCUGGCUCGGUCAGUUUCUUAAGGCAUGGUUCUCUGAGACAGAGUGAAGACCUUUGAGUUAAGUUUUCUUUAUAAGAAGAUGCUCACACCCUGGUCUCCCCUGGGAAUCACUAAUCAAUAUGGACCAUUGCCUGCCUGGUUUUCCUUGGGUCACUAAGGUGGGAGAGUGGGAGUAACUUAGUGUGAUCCUUACCCACUACUAGGAAAGUAAGAACUACACGUUUCAUUUACUUGUAGGUUUCCUUUUAUUUUUUAAUUUUAACUAUAAUCUAUCUCAUUUCUUAGUUAUGCAUUUCUAUAAUCAUACUGUGUGCUUCUCAAGGACAGAUAUGUUAUCUUUUCUACUUUACCUUAAUUUCUCCAUUUUGGUUACAUAAAGUCAUUCUGUGAGACUGAUUCAUUCUUUCCUGCCUCUUGGCUACAGCCCUUCCCUUCUGUUCUUUAAAGUUUAUAGGCUCUCAUCAUUUAUGUUCCCUACCUAGAAAACCUUUUUUUAUCCUGUUUGCUAAUCUGUGUUGCUCACAACCUUCAUCUUAUCUUUGAAAGAACAACUUGAAAUGCUUCUUUAUUUUCUUAAACUUCUAUUGAUUUGAUUUCAAUGUUUUGAAUUAGCUGGUGCUCCAAUGUCUAACUGUUGUUUAAUUGCCUUGUAAAUUAUGUGUGUCUGUAUACUUUCAUACCAAUUUAUUGUAGGCUCUUUGAGGUCAGAUAUGUAUUCUUUCAGCAUAUAGAUAAUACUUUGUACAUACCAGUUGUUAAAUAAAUAAUUUUUUAAAUCUCA